GCUUUGAGCAUCCUGAUGACUUCCUGAUAUGUUCAGAGAAGUGACUGUCUUUUACUGUACCUGAAGUUAGCUGUAUCUCAGGAUACAGUUUGAUUUUUGCCAUGUCUGUCCUUUGUUAUAAUAAGGGAUGUGGCCAGCGCUUUGAUACGGAGAGCAACCCCGACGAUGGAUGUAUAUACCAUCCUGGUGUACCAGUUUUCCAUGAUGCACUGAAGGGUUGGUCAUGUUGCAAACGACGAACAACAGACUUUUCGGAUUUCCUCAGCAUUGUUGGUUGCACAAAGGGACCACACAACAAGGAGAAACCCCCUGAGCCGGUGAAACCUGAGGAAAAAGAAGGCAAUGAAAAGAAAUUUGAGUGCCUUAUACAAGCCCCUAAACCUCUACACACUAUUCAGCGACCAAGUGGUGACGAGCCCCUGGUUAGACUGCAGCAGAAGGUCUCCUUGUCGCUGAAGCAGUCCCUGGAGAAACUCAAACUGUCCUCGGAAAAUGAGGAAGAGAAAAAAGAUGAGGAUGGAGACGAAGUUAAGGUUGGAACCAUUUGUAAGAACGGAGGCUGCGCUAAGGUCUAUAAUGGAGCGGAGAGUAAUGAGGAAGUGUGCAUGUAUCAUGCCGGAUUCCCCAUCUUUCACGAAGGGAUGAAGUACUGGAGCUGCUGCAAGAGGAAAACGUCCGAUUUUAACACCUUCCUCUCACAAGAGGGCUGCGCCAAGGGCAACCAUCUGUGGAAGAAGAAGGAUGGUGAUAAGAAGGUGGUGCCGUGUAGGUUUGAUUGGCAUCAGACUGGAGGACAGGUCAUGAUUUCCGUCUAUGCCAAAAACUCCAUCCCCGAACUGAGCUAUGUGGAGGGUAACAGCACUACGGUCAAUAUUCAUGUCAUAUUUGAGGGCGAUAAGGAGUUUGAGCAGAAGAUCAGUCUUUGGGGGGUCAUUGAUGUUAGCAAAAGCUCUGUGAACAUGAUGGCUGCGAAGAUUGAGAUUGCCAUGAAGAAGGCCGAACCCAUGUCCUGGGCACGACUUGAUCUUCCACCGGUGGUCCCCCUACCUCAGAAGCCAGAGAAGGCGAAAGACAGCGAUAGCGACAGCGACGAUGACGAAUGUGAUUAAACCAGCUUUUGGACACACUUGAUUUUGGUAGCCUUCAGUAGGAUGUACUGAAUAGUUAAGUAAUUAAUAAGUUAAUUGUACUCUUAAUGGUUAAUGCGGGAUUGAGGUUAGUAUUUUUGAACUGCAUGGACUUGCAAGAUAAACAUUGUAUGAAAACUCUUUAUUACUUAAACUACGUAAGUACAUUGUCUUGAAAGUUACUUCAAUACAGUGUGACCCUGCCUUCUAAGAGAGAUGGAGGAAGGAAUUAUUAUUGUUAUGAUUAUGUUGCCAUGGUUCUCUGUGAUGGAGCCAAGCAGGAAUCAAUAGAAUCCGAGGUGUUGCAUUUACCUACUGCAUGAAAGUAAUUGUUGACAGAAUGAUCGACUGUACAGGAAUGUCUCUUAUGUCCUACAGUACUUUAUCACACCUUUUGAUGCAAACCAAACCAAUGCCAUUCCACACAGUAUCUCUAUGAUUUGAUCCACAGGAAGUCAGUCUUGUCCGUGAUUUUAGCUCACCGUUGCACUUUCUCAUCCCUGUGUUUCCCUGUCAUUGCCUACUCGUCCUGUAUUUGGUUGAAGAGAGUGUGAGUGAGUCACAUGUCUGCAUUCCAAUAGUAUGUUUCUUUGAGUGAACCAAUUAAACAUUUUUAAAUAAAGAUUCAUGAUAAUCUC